AUGGAUUAUUUCGCUGAGUCCAGAAAUGCGGAGCUGACUGUGGUUGACAGGGAAUUGCAACGGAUCCUCAACCAUCUGAAGAGUAAUCACGCAGCAAACCAAUGGAUCCUGGCCGGAGACUUCAACAUAGCCACUUCUUCUUACACUAUCGACGCGGCAGUGAAACGCGGCUCCAUUACGGUACAGACAGAGGAUCUUCUUCGUGGAAUCGAGGCAACUCUGGCAGAGACCAACUUCCUGGACACGUGGUUUAUCUCUCGUGUCGAGGCCGGCGUCAGCGACAAUAUCAAGGGCGAUAUCCACGACAGUUUUGAAGGCGAACAGGGUGCCACAUUUGACCCCAGAGCGAACCCUCAGGCCGUGAAAAUGGUCGGAAGCGGCCUGAACAACCGACCACAGAGAUAUGACCGCAUUCUAGUGAAAAAUGGCGGUCCCUUUCACAUCUCUCGGUUCAACAUGUUUGGCUUCCUCACUGGCGAUGGCGAGAGUCCAGGUGGGCCCCUUUACGCAAGCGAUCAUUGGGGUAUUCGCUGUCUUUUACGGCGUUCUUCACUAAAAGAUGGCUCCAGCACCAGUGCUCGAGUCGUCCCUGUCGAGGCUAAACGGGCACCUGGAUCUAUGUCUGAUGUCACCGCUCUAAAGCAGACUUUGGAGCUUCUCGAUGUUGUCCCGGCAGAAAAAGAUGAGCGUACCCGGAAGCAGGCCCUGGGGCUGCUACGAACGAUUCUUUGGGAGAACGAACAGACGAAUAUGGAGCAGUCGCGUGGUCAACCGGCCCUUGUACUAGUUCCUGUCGGAUCGUAUGGUCUUGGCGUAUGGUCGAAAUCUUCAGAUAUUGACUGCCUCUGCAUCGGAUCAAUCAGUCCUCGCGUCUUCUUCACUCUUGCCAGGCAUCGUCUGAGAAAGUCGGUCGGAGAAGGUGUCCGAAUACUACGGAAGGUGAAGGCAAAAACCGGCACUAUGCUCGAGAUCGAGGUCCUUGGGCUGAGAUGCGAUCUCCAGUAUUGUCAGGCAGCGAGCGUUGCCAACCAGUGGCCAAACUUGCUGAAGCGUCCCCCAUCUGAUGCAGCUUUCAGCUUGCCAACCCAGACGCUCUUGAAAUUGAAGCCUGCUAGGGACAUGUACUACAUUGCUAGGUCUGUCCCGGAUCUUGCUCAGUUUCGCGUCUGUUAUCAAGUGAUCAAGACUUGGGCCAAGGCGAACGGGAUCUACGCAGCCAAGUUCGGAUACCUUGGCGGCGUUCACUUGUCUGUUAUGUUGGUUAGGGUGUGCAAAAUGCUCCUACAUGGCAUGGGUACAGUUUCGACUGCCGACGUCAUCGCUACCUUCUUCGACCACUAUGCGCACUUCGACUGGAAGAACGACAUUGUCUUUGAUCCAUUCUUCCACAAGCAGCUACGGUAUCACCGGACGCCCAGAGAAGCCAUGUGCCUUCUUGGAUGGCAUUCGCCGACACUUAACACCGCACUCAUUGCUUCUGUUCCCACGGUCAAGAUCAUCUCGACGGAGCUACGCCAAGCCAACGCCAAAUUCACGGAGGGCGCAACCUGGCAGUCUAUUCUUUCGGCACCUGGCAUGAUCGCGGAAAAGGACUUAUCACAAGGCGCCGCAAGCUUCCUUUCCUCGUUCAAAACGUUCGUGAACCUCCGCAUUCACUACUGGGGAGGGUCGCUGGAACGUGGGAGUCGGCUUGUUGGUUGGCUCGAGUCCCGUUGCGCAUCACUCCUCGUCGACAUCAACAGGAAGGUCCCGGAGCUUGCUCCGAGAAUCUGGCCCGCGAGAUUCGUCGACGCGGCGACACCCAACUCACAAUGCCAACAAAGCGAAUAUCAAGGCUCGUAUCUUGUCGGCCUAAAAUGGAUGUGCGAUGACGAGAGGCCAGAAAAGGAAACGCUGACCACGACGCACAGCAACCUGCAAGCCGUGCUGCAUCAAUUCGAAGAACAUAUUCACGGCGAUAAAAAAUACUACGAUGCGACGACUUCCUGGUUCAGUGCGACUCUUGUCAAACGCACCGAGUUGGGAGAUCUCAGGCUGGACAAUCAAGAGUGGGGCGACUACGUCGACGGCGAUGACGAUUCAGAAUCGGACGAGGAGGAAGACGAGGAAGACGAGGAGGAUCUUUCAGUUUCGGGCCUACCGCCAGGAAAGCUGGGCAAGAAGGAGAGGGCGAAGGCGGCCACAAACCAGCCACGCUCAACGGUCGUGCCCAAACCCGAGGGUGCGGGCAAGUUCAGAACGGCUCUGGAUGUUCUCAACAGACUGAGAUGGGACGCUGACAUAGACGGAAACGACUUCGUCGUCGGUUAUGAAGAUAGAUUUCUAGGGGCACAGGAGAAGGCUUUGGUGGAGUGGAAAAGCGAGCAGACGCAUGAAGAAUUCAUUCCGCAGCAUAGAAUUCUUUGGUUCAAGCGACGGAGCGACGGAGUCGUUGUUUGGGACAGAUCCAAGCGCGUGGAUCUGCUAUUUAAAAAGACACCUUAUAGAUAG